AUGGCGGCGGGGAUUCCCCAGAGGCAUCAUCUGAAGAAACUGGAGGGUCGACGGUUAGACUUUGACUACAAGAAGAAACGUCAAGGCAAGAUUCCUGAUGAGGAGAUCAAACAGGCUGUGGAGAAGUUUGAGGAAUCCAAAGAACUCGCUGAGAGGAGCAUGUUUAACUUUUUGGAGAAUGAUGUGGAGCAGGUGAGUCAGUUAUCAGCUCUGAUUGAGGCAGCGCUGGAUUACCAUCGACAGUCCUUGGAGAUCCUGAAGGAGCUCGACAGCAAACUACAGACCAGGAUAUCCACUGCAAGCAGUCGGCCCAAAAAAGAGUUCAAGCCAAAGUUGAUCGUGUCCAGUUUGGAGACCGUCGAAACCACGCAGCACAAUGGACUUACCCACACCUCAUCAGUCAAAAGCACAGAUAUCCAAGUCAACCACACUGUAAAUGGAAAAAUUGAUGAGUUCACACACACAGCACCCAUGACUCUAUCAUGGCCUGAGAGCCCCAAUGGUGAUAGCAAACAGAUGGAGUCACACUUGGACCAGCCCUGCUGUCGAUCGCUCUACGACUUUGAUCCAGAGAACGAGGGCGAGCUGGGCUUCAAAGAGGGCGACAUCAUCAUCCUCACCAAUCAGAUCGAUGAGAACUGGUAUGAAGGCAUGAUUAACGGCGAAUCGGGCUUCUUCCCCAUAAACUACGUCGAGGUCCUAGUGCCCCUGCCUCAAUGAGCUGAGCCAACAGCCUCGGGUCACUGACCGCACGCUAAACCAGACUGUCUGAACCGUCCACUCACCCAACAUCCUCUGCUGCAUUCUCACCAAUGAAAGCCUUGCGUUUGACCACAGACAAUUUAGAACCUUUUACAUUUCAGUAUUUAUUUAUCUUAUUACGUUUUCCAGGCCUCAUGGUGCAACAUCUAGAUUUUUACACUGCAAAAAAUUAUUUUUAUUCAGUGUUUUUGCUUUGUUCUUCAGUAAAAAUAUCGAAACAUCUUUAGAACAAGAUACAUUUAUUUU